AUGGUGGAGAUCUAUGAGAGAAGUGAGUGUGUGAGGAACAGAAGUCCCAGAUCAGUUCUAGUGUGUUUGGUGGUGCUGUGUGUUCUUCUACUGACUGCAGUCAUAGUGCUGUGUGUCCUGAUCUACACAAACAAUCACCAGUUUCACAUCAACUACAAAAACAUCACACAAGACAGAGACCAGCUACUAACCAAAUAUACCAAACUCACAGAAGACAGAGACCAGUUAACCCAGCAGAUGAAUAGAAUGUGGAGGAUUCUAAAUGAAACAGGUAUUGAAUUGAAUUACACUGAAAAUACAAAGAAUGUACAUUUGAGCAAAAAACAUAAUGGGAUGGCUGAACUGUUUGUUUGUACAGAUGGAUCAAUUUACUAUCAAUCCAGUUUUUACUACAUUUCAUCUGAGCAUAAGAGCUGGUCUGAGAGCAGAAAAAACUUUAGAGCGAGAGGAGCAGAUCUGAUCAUCAUUAACAACAAAGAGGAACAAGAUUUCAUUAAGAAUUCCAUUAAAGACAGACUCUGGAUUGGUUUGUCUGACAGUGAUGAGGAUUCCACAUGGAAAUGGGUUGAUAAAAGCACACUGACCUUUGACUUCUGGAAGUCUGGAGAACCUAAUGGCAAAACAAAAGAGAACUAUAUUAACUCCAACGGGAUGUUCAAAAAAACAUUUGGCGAUAGAAACUUUUCUGGGACACCAGCAAUUGACACAGAAGAUGGUGAGGAGAUGAAUAUCUAUGCCAACGCGGACGAAAUAAACAGUCACGAUGUCUGUAGAGCAACCGAAGACACCAGGAGAAACCAAACUUUUCAACACACAGGAAGUGAGUGUGUGAGGAACAGAAGACUCAGAUCAGUUCUAGUGUGUUUGGUGGUGCUGUGUGUUCUUCUACUGACUGCAGUCAUAGUGCUGUGUGUCCUGAUCUACACAAACAAUCACCAGUUUCACAUCAACUACAAAAACAUCACACAAGACAGAGACCAACUACUAACCAAAUAUACCAAACUCACAGAAGAGAGAAACGAGCUACUAACCAACAACAUCAAACUCACAGAAGAGAAAGACCAACUAUUAAACAAAUAUACCAAACUCACAGAAGAGAGAGACCAGAUGCAUUUUAAAUACAUAAACAUGAUAAAGGAAAAGGAUGGCUUAUUAUCCAACAAUGACAACUUAAAUAAACAAAAAGAGCAGUUAACCCAGCAGAUCAACAAACUGCAGAGAAUUCUAAGUGAAAAAGAUGGAUGGAUUUACUAUCAAUCCAGUUUUUAUUUCAUUUCAUCUGAGAAGAAGAGCUGGAGUGAGAGCAGAAGAUACUGUAGAGAGAGAGAAGCAGAUCUGACCAUCAUUAACAACAGAAACGAACAAGAUUUUGUUAAAAAGUAUUCUGGUUCCGAGAACCAUCCGAUCUGGAUUGGUUUGACUGACAGUGAAAUGGAAGGCAGAUGGAAAUGGGUUGAUGGCAGCACACCGACCUCUAGCUUCUGGGGGUCUCUAGAACCCAAUGGCCAAAGAAGAGAGAACUGUGUUAUAACUGAUUCAUCAGCUUGGGCUGAUUACCCAUGUAAUGAUGCUUUUAAAUGGAUUUGUGAGAAAAACAUUAAUAAAUGAGUUGUUAAAUGAGACAUGUUAAUUCAGUUUUUGUAAACACCAGGACCAGACUGUCUAAAUGAGAACGUAAACAUUUUUGUGAUUUCGAUUAAAUAUAGAGGUACACAUUAUCUUUCACAGCAAAACUUCUGUUUAAUCGUUGCCAUGUUGUGUGUGGGCAAAUAAUCUUUUAUUUCACAUGAUGCAUUCUAAUAAAUGAAGCUUUUCAGUAGAUUUGAGUUUAAUUUGAUUGUGUUGUUAUCAUUGGUGCGCAGGCUGUAGUUUAGAAGUACACAAUUAAUGACUUAUUUAAUUCACACCUACACAAAAAGUAUGUUUGUGAUACCAGUACAAUUAUGUUAAUGUUGAUUUUAGGUAAAAUAUUCACUGAACACUG